GUGCAGGUUGUGCGCCUGGCCCACGUGAGGCGUCGCGGAGUCGCUGCCGGUCGCCGUUGCCCGGCGCGCGUGUUCGGCGGGGAGGGUGGCGAGCGAGGGGGGGCCCUCUCGGCGGCCGGGAUGUGCCCAGCGACAAAGCUGCACUUGAGGAUCAUAAUGCAUCAGAAAAAUGAAAGAGCAUAGAAGAAACUUACAGCGGAGACGUCAGUUGCUGACCUGUUGCCGAAAAUGGACACUGGGGUUUUGGGGGCUGAGGCAAUACUGCUUCCAAAGGAAGCAUCUUUCUGUACUUAAAAAGAAGAGUCAUAGCACUUGGACAUUGGGGAGCCGCAAAUGCUCAAAACCAUGGAGAACGAAGGGGUCCGCGAGGAAUUGGGUUCCUGAAGUGUUCCCAGAUGCAGAAACCCAGCAAAACGUGCGUGUGGAAAACGGCACCUUCCUGGACGCAGUGUCCCGAAGUCCUUUUCCAAGGUGCAGAGCUGGAGAACCAUUUGCAGGGGCAGAGAGUCUGGACAGUCAACCCUUUCAGAGAGGAGAAUUGCUGAAUGAACACAGUAGUUCGCAAACUAACUCAAAGAUCUGUCAAGACAAGCAAUACUGCCCUGAGGCCAGCAGUACAACUGUAAGGGCAGCGGAGGCUAGCCUUGCUCAGAGUGCUAAGGAGAGCAAUAAUGGCAGAAGCAAUGGAGUCACCGUUCUAAAUAACUCAAGGAGGAAGAGCUGUUGCCGAAGGCUAAAGCGAAACGGAAGCUGUGGCCUCUUGACUACUAGGAGAAGGCCUAAAUUUAAGCCGCAUACUUUAAAACGCAGAUCUCUAUUUAUGAUGUAUAAGGAACUUUCUAUGGUUAAGUUUCGGGUUAGAAUUUUAAAAUCUCGUUCUAAGUUUUGGAGAGGCAAAACUUGCAAGUCGAGUAAAAACAGGCUUAGCUGGGUGGAUAAAGUCACCAGAGAUCGACAAGAGGACUUCCACCAAGAGGCAUUUGAAGGUGUUUCCUGUCCCUUAUUUUCCUCUUGGAGGUCAAAAAGUACCCCUCCCUGGAACCUGUCCAGCUGGUCAGAUAUGAACAAUCACGUGCCAGGACCUUUAGUCAAGGAGAGUCGCACGCAUCCACCGGGGGCCUCCCUUCCACGGGAUGGAUCGUUGCAGCGCAGCGAGGUCCACUGUAAGGAACUUGCCCUCAGAGACCAAAACGGCAUCGUCGAGAUCUGCGGGUCUCAGUCGCAUGGAGCAGCUUCUUGUGGGGUGCAGGCGGCAGCGCACAAUGAGGAAACGGGGGGUGCACCCUCACUGGACGGUUGCCCUGGUGACGUUUUCAUCUCUGUGACGGAAAAAGAGAUUUCUGUUUCAGGUCUAGAGGAUGGAGAUUCUAAUCCGGUUAUGGGGACUGACGCGACAGUGCUGGAGUCCUCCAGGGUGGACUUGGGGACGCAAGAGAGUUUUACGAACGGGCCUGUUUCUGUGGAGUCGGUGCAGAACGAGGACAGUUGUAGCCAGAUGGAAGUAGAAGGGCCUGUAAGCACAGACGUUUUUGGUGCAGAGCUGUUAGACCACCCCUACUGUAAAAGCCCUCUCGAUGAACCUCGGAGAGAAAGCACAGGACAAAAAUCAGGGUCCCAAAAGAGUGGCAAAAGAAGCAGUCAGAGAGCUUCUUGCGUCAACGAUGAGCAAUUGGCGGUGUGGCUUUGUGGAUUCCUAGAUGAAGUAAUGAAGAAAUACGGCAGCUUAGUUCCGCUUUGUGAAAAGGAUGUCAUGGGAAGAUUAAAGGAAGUCUUUAACGAAGACUUCUCCCAUAGAAAGCCAUUUAUCACUAAGGAAAUCAUGAAAUAUCAAACGAGGCAUCCCAAACCUUCCACUUGCAGUUUCCGAGUCUUCUAUAAUAAGCACAUGCUAGAUAUGGAUGAUCUGACAACGCUGGAUGGUCAGAACUGGCUAAAUGACCAGAUCAUCAACAUGUAUGGCGAACUAAUAAUGGAUGCAGUUCCUGAAAAGGUUCAUUUCUUCAACAGCUUUUUUCAUAGACAGCUGGUAACCAAAGGAUAUAACGGGGUUAAACGAUGGACUAAAAAGGUGGAUCUCUUCAAAAAGACCCUCUUGUUAAUUCCCAUUCAUCUGGAAGUCCACUGGUCCCUCAUUACUGUGAAUCUCCCUAACAGAAUUAUUUCAUUCUACGACUCUCAAGGCAUUCAUUUUAAGUUCUGUGUAGAGAACAUUCGGAAAUACUUGCUGACAGAAGCUAAAGAGAAGAACCAGCCUGAGUUUCUUCAGGGUUGGCAGACUGCUGUUACAAAGUGCAUUCCACAACAGAAAAACGAUAGUGACUGCGGAGUCUUUGUGCUCCAGUACUGCAAGUGCCUCGCCUUAGACCAGCCUUUUCAGUUCUCCCAGGAAGACAUGCCUAGAGUGCGAAAAAGGAUUUACAAGGAGCUCUGUGAAUGCCGGCUCAUGGACUAAAUUAAGAAAGGAAAAAAAAAAAAGAGAAAAGCAGCAGCAAACCAACAACAACAACAAAACCCUACGACUCCUUUGGCAUUUUGAAGAGCCCCAGCUGAUAUUUGUACUUGAAUUUUUUUUAUUUUUUUUUUGGAAAAACUUCCAUUUAUUUCAAGUGAGUCUCGGGCUGAGCGGUGCGGCCAACGUAAUUACCUCAAACUUUUUUCUGACAUCCUCCUUAACUGGCAAGACCUGCCACAAAAUAUCCCCAAGUGUCAGUUUAGUUCUCUCUUUUUUUUCUAACGUUCUUUCCUGUAUUUAAUAUUUAUUAUCUAACGCAUGCGCGUAGACAAAGCAUGCAACUAAAAAAGAAAUUACAAAACUGUAGAAUUUGGUGCACCUUUGAAGCGUAGCUAGAAAUGACGAGAAUAAUGCAGGUUAAAACUUUUUUUUUUUUUUUGGUCUGAACAUAAACGUGCAUGAUCCAGUUUUCUGAUGCAAUAACGCUUUGAAUGUAGAAAACCAACCCCGAUGCCAUAACAGCAGCUAGAACCUCUUUCUUUCUCCCCUUUAAACUUAACUCCCCCGUCCCCAUUGUGACUGUCUUUUCAUUCUGUAUUCCCAUGAAAGUUGGAAGAAAAGGGAUAUGUUGGACACUGGCCUGUCUCUUUAGUUUGUGGAAAUCCUAUUAAAGAAAAGCUGAAGUCAUUUCACUCUUUUAUUGAGCGCCUACUAGUUCACCACGUUCCUACAGUUUGAAAGCAAUCCCUUGUACGAGACGCACUUCCAUACUAAUAAAAU